AGUUAAGUACAAUAACCCGUGUCGGUUGGACGGCUCCGAGUAAGGUGUCGCAAUACCGGUAUCGUUUAUACUAACCAUUACCUAUACACAUUUAUAUUAUUGCAUUUUACUUUUUGCUAGUGCUUAUUUAGUAUUUUUCAGUUUUUAAAGUUUUGUGAAAUAUUCUAGUUAAGUGUACCGUCGGUCUAGUGAAAGUGUUAAUAUUUCUCUGCGGGAAUAUGGUGUUUUGAUGGAUUAAACAGUCUCACUUAAGAAAAACACAGAUUCAUCCAGCUGGCAUGAGGAUUAAAAUAUAUGCGGCCAUUUUAUUGGUCGUCACUCUUCCAUACGUCUUGUCACAGAUUCAAACUCCUGGGACCGGACUUUUUUCCUGUCCAUCGGGAUGGGAGCUCAAAGGACUACAUUGUUACAAGUUUUUCAGCAUAAAGCAUUCAUGGGAAAACGCAGCCCAACUGUGCAACAGGUAUGGCAGUGACUUGGUAUUAAUUGAGUCAUACACGGAAAAUAACUACACUGCGUCAUUGGCGAGGAGAAGUCUGGGGCCAGUAGAUAGAAACAACCAGAAAUAUUGGUUGGGAUUGGCUUCGUUAGACGAUCUUCGAACGAAUACUUUAGAAUACGCUGGUGGAGUUUUAGUGUCACAAUAUUCCGGAUUUUGGUCAUUGUCUCAACCCGAUCCAUCAGCUGGAGAAUGCGUUGACGUGACUGUGACUGAUGAACAACAGUCGUGGGAGUUGCAAACGUGCGAAUCUCUAUUGCCAUUUUUGUGCAGAGCUAAUGCUUGUCCAACAGGCUCGUUUCACUGCUCAAAUGGGCGUUGCAUCAAUUCAGCAUUCAAAUGUGACAAGCAGAAUGAUUGUGGUGACUGGUCAGAUGAACUGGAUUGCUCUUCAAACUGCCACUAUUAUAUGGCCAACAGCGGUGACGUAGUUGAAUCUCCCAAUUAUCCACACAAAUAUGAAGCUCUGUCUAAUUGUAAAUGGACAUUGGAAGGCCCACAAGGACACAAUAUAUUAUUACAGUUCCAAGAAUUUGAAACAGAGAAGUCAUUUGAUACUGUACAAAUUCUCGUUGGUGGCCGUACCGAAGACAAGGCGGUUAAUUUAGCUACCCUUUCUGGAAAAAUGGACUUGAGUAACAAAAUGUUUGUGUCGGCUUCUAAUUUCAUGAUUGUCAAAUUUAGCUCAGAUGCUUCAGUAGAACGUAAAGGCUUCAGGGCUUCGUGGAAAACAGAACCUCAAGUAUGUGGUGGUAAUUUAAGAGCAACAACACAACCACAACCUUUGACUUCACCCGGAUUUCCUAAUAAUUAUCCUGGUGGUUUGGAAUGUUUGUACACAAUUACCGCUCAAGCUGGGAGAAUCAUUACUCUCGAGAUUGAAGAUUUAGAAUUACAACAAAACAGAGACUUUGUAUUGAUUCGAGAUGGAGAUUCGCCAAAGAGUCAACCAAUUGGACGUUUAACAGGAACGUUGGAAAACAAUCCUAGGUUAUUAAUGUCUACCGGAAACCAAAUGUAUUUAUAUUUCAAAACAAGUUUAGGCGACAGCAAAAAAGGGUUCAAAAUUAAGUACUCGCAAGGUUGUAAAGCCACUAUAACCGCUGCUAAUGGAACAAUUGCUUCACCUACUUUUGGUUUAUCCAAUUACCCAAGCAAUUUAGAAUGUCUCAUUAAAAUCAAGAAUCCAACUAUGAGUCCAUUAUCACUGAAAUUCGAUUCUUUUGUCUUACAUCAAUCUGAUUACGUACAAGUGUAUGAUGGAGCAAGUACUAGUGGACUAAGACUUCAUCCAAAUAAUGGGUUUACUGGAAGUACUCCUCCUAAGAUUACACUUACAGCGGCCAGCGGAGAGAUGCUAGUACGAUUUGUAACAGACGCAUUACACAAUCAAAAAGGAUGGCAUGCAACUUUCUCAGCUGAUUGCCCUACAUUGAAACCUGGCGAAGGAGCAUUAGAAUCAAACAGAGAUACUGCUUUUGGAACAACUGUUACAUUCUCGUGUCCGGUAGGACAAGAGUUUGCAACAGGAAAAUCAAAAAUUACGACUGAAUGUUUAAUUAGUGGUAACUGGUCAGUUUCCUACAUCCCAAAAUGCCAAGAGGUGUAUUGCGGUCCCGUUCCACAAAUCGAUAAUGGAUUUUCAACUGGUUCAACUAAUGUUACUUACCGAGGUCAAGCAAUGUAUCAGUGUUAUGCAGGAUUUGCCUUCCCAACCAACGAGCCAAUCGAAAAAGUAUCGUGUCUUGCAGAUGGUCGAUGGGAAAGAUUACCAACAUGUCUAGCUUCUCAAUGUCCACCACUUCCGGAAACACCACAUGCCAAUUUUACGGUUUUAAAUGGUGGCGGACGAAGUUAUGGAACCAUAGUGCGCUUCCAGUGUGAGUCAGGAUAUGUUCGGUCAGGACACCCUGUAGUACUUUGUAUGAGUAAUGGAACGUGGUCUAGUGGAGUUCCAGUCUGUUCUCGUGCCGAGUGUCUUGUACUGCCUGAAAUCCAUAAUGGAUUCGUUAUUGAUCAAACUCGUAAAUACUUGUAUGGAGAUGAAGCUCGUGUACAAUGUCAUCGGGGAUUCAAACUUACUGGAGGAUCAUCGAUAAUAAAAUGUGGAGCUAACCAAACCUUUUCUAAUGUACCAAAAUGUGAAGAUGUAAAUGAGUGUGCCGCUAGUCAAUGUGAUUUGUCAUCGACAGAAUGCGUCAAUAACUUAGGUGGUUUUCACUGUCGUUGCAAGACUGGUUUCGCACCCACUAUGGAAUGCAGACCCGUUGGAGAUCUUGGCUUGAUUAGUGGAGGAAUUUCAGACGAUUCUAUCACUGUAUCUGGAUCUGAACCUUCAUUUACCAAAGAGAUGAUGAGAUUAAAUACGAUGCGUGGAUGGUGCGGCACGAAUGUUGAACCUGGUGAUAACUGGGUUAUGAUUGAUUUAAAAGCACCAACAGUAAUAAGGGGUUUUAGAUCACAAGGUGUAAUGAGAGGAUCUAACAAAGUUGCAUUUUCCUCUGCUAUAAGAAUUCAAUAUUCAAAUAAUUUGACGGAUGUGUACAAGGAUUACACUAAUCCCGAUGGCACACCAGUGGAAUUCAGAAUUUUAGAACCUAGUCUGUCCGUGCUCAAUUUCCCGAUGCCCAUUGAGGCUCAAUAUAUUAAACUGAAAAUACAAGACUACGUCGUUGCCCCUUGUUUGAAACUUGAGUUAGUUGGUUGUACUAGAUUAGAUUGUGUUGACAUAAACGAAUGUUCAGUUAACAAUGGCGGAUGCCAGCAAAAAUGCAUUAACAGUCCUGGAAGCUAUGCAUGUUCCUGUAAUAUUGGAUACGAAUUGUACGUAAAGAAUGGAACUGCCGGAUUUGUAAUAAAUGAAUUUGAAUCUGGAGAAAGAGAUGGAGACGUAUACCAAAGAAAUAAGACUUGUGUUCCAGUUAUGUGUCCCAAUUUACAAGCACCCGAAAAUGGUGUGGUUCUUUCCACAAAAGAAUCCUAUCAUUUUGGAGAUUUAGUGAAUUUCCAGUGUAAAUUUGGAUACGUGAUGGCUGGAUCAGCAUCUCUUUUAUGUACAUCCACUGGAUCAUGGAACGGAACAGUACCUCAAUGUCAAUUUGCAAAAUGUGUAUCCCUUCCCGACGAUAAGGUUGAAGGUCUUAAAGUAAGUCGUUUUGAAAAAGAUGCAGUACUCGUGCCAUUCAAAGAAAAUGUUACAUUAAAAUGUGAAAACCCAGGACGAACCCUUCGAGGAACUGCAACAUCUGGCUUUAGGCAAUGUGUUUAUGAUCCAAAACCAGGUUUCCCUGAGUACUGGCUAUCUGGAGCAACUCCGUCAUGUCCAAGAGUAGAUUGUGGUGUUCCAAUGCCGACAGCUGGGGCUGAGUAUGGAAAUUUCAAAGACACGAGAUAUCAAUCAUCUUUCUUCUUUGGUUGUCAAGAUACAUUUAAACUUGCUGGGCAGACCGAUAAGAACGAUAAUGUAGUGCGUUGUCAAGCAAAUGGUGUUUGGGAUUUCGGAGAUUUAAGAUGUGAAGGGCCCGUGUGUCAAGACCCUGGAAGACCUACAGAUGGCUAUCAAGUAGCCACAAGCUAUGAACAAGGCUCUGAAGUACAAUUUGGUUGUAAUAAACCAGGUUACAUAUUGAUUAAUCCAAGGCCUAUUACAUGUAUUCGUGAGCCCGAAUGUAAGGUUAUCAAACCAUUAGGUUUGACUUCUGGUAGAAUUCCAGAUUCAGCUAUUAAUGCAACAUCAGAAAGGCCAAAUUAUGAAGCUCGUAACAUUCGUUUGAAUUCAGUUACUGGUUGGUGCGGUAAGCAAGAAGCAUUUACAUAUGUUAGCGUAGACUUGGGACAAGUAUACAGAGUCAAGGCCAUCCUUGUGAAAGGAGUAGUUACUAAUGAUAUCGUAGGACGUCCAACCGAAAUUCGCUUCUUUUACAAACAAGAAGAAAAAGAAAAUUUCGUUGUAUACUUCCCAAAUUUCAAUUUAACAAUGAGAGAUCCUGGAAACUUUGGUGAACUGGCUAUGAUUACUUUACCAAAAUAUGUGCAAGCACGAUUUGUAAUUUUAGGAAUUGUUAGCUAUAUGGAUAAUGCUUGUUUGAAAUUUGAAUUGAUGGGUUGUGAAGAACCAAAAGUUGAACCUUUAUUAGGUUUUGAUUAUGGUCAUUCACCAUGUGUUGAUAACGAACCUCCAGUAUUCCAAAAUUGUCCAACACAACCGAUCAUAGUACGUCGGGGACCUAAUGGAAUAGAACCAGUCAAUAUGACAGAACCAGUGCCUGUUGACAACAGUGGUAGCAUUGCAAGACUCGAAGUAAAACCGCAAAGUUUUAAAUUACCAUUCUAUACAUUCCAAGAUACAGCAGUAAAAUAUGUUGCAUUUGAUUUUGAUGGAAAUGUAGCCAUCUGUGAAAUAAACAUCACAGUUACAGAUGAAACACCACCACAAUUGAGCUGUCCACAGAGUUAUGUCAUUGAAUUAGUGAACAAACAAGACAAUUAUGUAGUUAACUUUAAUGAGACUCGUAGACGAAUUAAUGUAUCAGAUGCUUCUGGUGAAGUCACGCUUACAUUUAAUCCAGACCGAGCUUCGAUUGCUAUUGGAGACUUUGAAAAUGUAACAGUUACAGCGGCUGAUAAAUUUGGAAACAAGGCUACUUGUUAUUUCCAGGUUUCUGUGCAAGCAACUCCUUGUGUCGAUUGGGAUCUUAAACCACCAUCAAAUGGAGCAUUGAAUUGUCUUCCAUCUGAUGACAGUGGUUUGGAGUGUAUAGCUACUUGUAAAGCUGGAUUUAGAUUUACCGACGGCCAACCAACAAAAUCAUUUACUUGUGAACAAAGAAGUCUAUGGUCACCAUCUUCAGUUGUACCAGAUUGUGUAUCUGAAGACACACAUCAAGCUGAUUACCAUGUAGUACCAUCUAUAACUUAUCGUGCUAAUGGAGCAGUCCCAUCAUUAUGUUUAAGACAAUACGCUGAUAUUUUAAGCCAACAUUAUGGACCUCUCAAUGAUAUUUUGACAGAAAGAUGUUCAGCUGUUAAAGUCAACAUGAAUGUAUCAUUCAUUGAUACUAAACCACAACUAUUAGAUGAAAACUUAGUACAGAUUGAUUUUGUAUUAGGAGUUUUGCCAGAAGUUAGACAGCCUCAAUUAUACGAUUUCUGUGGGUCAACUUUGAAUUUAGUUUUCGAUCUUAGUGUUUCAUAUGCUAGUGCUGCUAUAGAACCACUGUUGAAUAUAUCAGCAGUAGCUAAUCAAUGUCCUCCUUUGAAGGCUCUCAGAUCAUCUGUAUCUAAAGGCUUCACUUGUAAUAUUGGCGAAGUACUUAACAUGGACACUAAUCAAGUGCCUCGAUGCUUGCAUUGCCCGGCUGGAACUUACGCUGGAAUUAAACAAUCAUCGUGUAUGCCAUGCGCUCGUGGCUAUUACCAAGAUACAGCUAGACAAGGUGCUUGUAUGAAAUGUCCUAAUGGAACAUACACUAGGGAAUUGGGAUCAAAAAGUUUGAAAGACUGUAUUCCGGUAUGUGGAUAUGGAACUUAUUCACCGACAGGUCUCGUUCCUUGUCUCGAAUGCUCUAGAAAUAGUUAUACAUCAGAACCACCAACAUCUGGUUUCAAAGAAUGUGUAUCAUGUCCAGCUAACAUGUUUACAUAUCAACCUUCUGCUCCAAACAAAGAUUUUUGCAGAGCUAAAUGUCCUCCCGGCCAGUAUUCAGAAACUGGUUUAGCGCCCUGCUCGCCAUGUCCUCCAAACCACUAUCAAGCGGGAAGUGGACAGACUGUGUGUUUGGGAUGUCCUACGAAUACCAAAACCAAAGGCCCUGGAGCUGCAGGACGAGAUGAAUGCCAAUCUAUCGUAUGCACUGAGAGCUCAUGUUUACACGGUGGACUUUGUGUACCUCUUGGUCAUGGAAUACAAUGUUUCUGUCCAGCUGGAUUCUCAGGAAAACGUUGUGAAAUCGACAUAGAUGAAUGUGCUUCUCAGCCAUGUUUCAACGGGGGUUCAUGUAUAGACCUUCCUCAAGGUUACCGUUGCCAAUGCAAAAAUGGAUUUAGUGGAAUAAACUGUCAAGAAGAGAAAUCCGACUGUAGGAACGAUACAUGUCCCGAGAGAGCAAUGUGCAAAGACGAACCAGGAUUAAGCAACUUCACUUGUCUUUGUCGCAGUGGUUACACAGGACAAAAUUGUGACAUGACGAUUGACCCAUGCAUGGAAACAAUAAACCCAUGUAAGAACUCGGCUACUUGCACAGCAUUGAAACAAGGAAGAUACAAAUGUGAAUGUAAGCCCGGUUGGGAAGGUGAACAUUGUGAUGUAAACAUCGAUGACUGCGCUGAACGACCAUGCCUUUUAGGAGCUGCUUGUACAGAUCUCAUUAAUGAUUUCAAGUGCGCGUGUCCACCAGGAUUUACUGGAAAACGUUGUGAAACAAAAAUUGAAAUAUGCGCGGCUAACCCAUGUCAGAAUGGUGUGUGCGUUGAUAGAUUGUUCAGUCACCAAUGUGUGUGUCAUCCGGGAUGGACUGGUGCUGCUUGUGAAAUCAACAUUGAUGAUUGUGCAAGUAACCCGUGUGGAAACGAUGGAGAAUGUACCGAUAUGGUGAAUGGUUAUUCUUGUACUUGUGAUGUUGGUUAUACCGGUAAAAGGUGUCAACAUUUGAUUGAUGAUUGUGCUUCGGGGCCAUGCCAAAAUGGAGGAUCGUGUGUUGACAUGUUAGACGGAUUUAUGUGUCGCUGUAGACCUGGUUACUUAGGUCUUCAGUGUGAAGCUGGAAUUGACGAAUGUCUAAGUGAUCCCUGCAGUCCCGAAGGUACUGAACAAUGUUUAGAUUUGGACAAUAAUUACAAGUGUGUAUGCCACCCUGGAUACGCUGGGAAUAUGUGUGAAAAGAAUAUUGAUGAUUGCGCUUCUUCACCGUGCAUGAACAACGGUAAAUGUUACGAUGGUGUCAACACGUUCUCUUGCCAAUGUCCACCUGGCUGGACCGGAAAACGAUGCGAAAUCGAUAUAAGCUCGUGCCAGAGUAAACCAUGUUACAACGACGCGACGUGUAUUAACUUGUUCCAAGACUAUUUCUGCGUAUGUCCAUCGGGAACUGACGGAAAGCAAUGUGAGACAGCACCAGAACGUUGUAUUGGCAAUCCUUGUAUGCACGGUGGUAGAUGUCAAGAUUUUGGAUCUGGAUUGAAUUGCACGUGUCCAAGUGAUUACGAUGGAAUCGGUUGCCAAUAUGAGUUUGAUGCUUGUCAAGCUAACACAUGUAAAAAUGGAGCGACAUGUAUUGAUAACGGGCCAGGGUACAAGUGCAUCUGUCCACCUGGAUUUAUGGGCAAAAAUUGUGAUGAAGAUAUAGUUGACUGCAAAGAAAACUCAUGUCCACCAACAGCUACUUGUAUCGACCUUACCAAUAAGUUCUAUUGCCAGUGUCCAUUUAAUUUGACGGGAGAUGAUUGUAGAAAAACUAUCCAAGUUGAUUACGAUUUUAGUUUCCCGGAAGAGACAUUAAGUAGUGCAGCUUUAACAGUUCCAUUCCAAUUCACGGGAGCUAGAGAUAGUUUCACUAUUGCAAUGUGGGUUCAAUAUGCACAAAAAGACGAACCAGGAAUAUUCUUCACGCUCUACAGUGUCACGUCUCCUCAUGUAGUACAGGGUCAACGAGUACUUAUACAAGCUCACUCUAGUGGUGUUGAGGUAUCAAUUUUCCCAGAACUUCAAGAUGUAUUUUUGGCUUUCCACGAAUACACUACUAUUAACGAUGGACAGUGGCAUCACAUUGCUAUUGUGUGGAAUCAAGGUACGCUAACUUUGAUCACCGAAGGAUUAAUCGCAAGUAAAAUGGAAGGUUACGGAACGGGAAGGAAGUUACCAGAAUUUGGUUGGGCUGUGUUAGGAAAACCAAGGAUGGACAGAAAGACAUUUACAGAGGCUGGUUUUAAGGGUCAACUGAACAAAGUACAAAUUUGGGGACGGGCUCUUGAUGUCACUAAUGAAGUGCAGAAACAAGUACGUGAUUGUAGAACCGAGCCAGUACUCUACCAAGGAUUAGUUCUCACGUGGGCAGGUUUUGACGAUAUCCAAGGAGGCGUUGAAAGAAUCGUUCCUUCGAAAUGCAGUCAACAUUCUUGCCCAGCUGGAUACACUGGACCAAACUGCGAACAGCUUCAAGUCGAUAAAAAACCACCUCAAGUUGAAUAUUGUCCAGGUGAUCUCUGGGUAAUUGCCAAAAAUGGAUCGGCGGUUGUCAAUUGGGAUGAACCGAGAUUUACUGAUAACGUUGGAGUUGUAAGAGUUGAGGAAAAGAACGGUCAUAAACCCGGCCAAACACUUCUAUGGGGAACUUACCGUAUAGCAUAUGUGGCAUUUGAUGAAGUCGGUAACGCUGCAGUGUGCUCUUUCAGAGUGUACGUCCUGUCUGAAUUUUGUCCAACCUUGGCAGAUCCGAUUGGCGGAAAGCAACAAUGCAAAGACUGGGGUUCCGGUGGACAGUUCAAAGUGUGUGAAAUCAGUUGUAAUCCGGGAUUAAGGUUCUCACAAGAAGUUCCGAAAUUCUACACGUGUGGUGCUGAAGGUUUCUGGAGACCCACCAUAGAUCCGGCUUACCCGACAAUCUAUCCUGCAUGCUCAGCAUCUAAACCAGCUCAACGAGUGUUCAAGGUCGACAUGAAAUUCCCUACGUCAGUGCUAUGUAACGAAGCGGGACAAGGAGUGCUGAGACAAAAAGUCCGAAAUGCAAUAAAUACGUUGAAUAGAGAAUGGAAUCUCUGUUCAUAUUCUAUUAAAGGAACACGCGAGUGCAAAGAUUUGAAUAUUGACGUCAAAUGUGAUCAUCGGUCUUCUAGGCCAACUCGAGAUGUAGAAAGCGAUGAAAAUGAUUCUGCUGUCGCAAUAAGAGAGAAGAGGCAAGCCAGUGACACAUACUCAGUACAAAUUUCUUUCCCAGCUAUCAAUGAUCCCGUGGUCAACAGUAACUCGAACCAAAGAGCAAACAUUCAGAGGUUAUUGGAGAAGCUCAUAUUAGAAGAAGAUCAAUUUGACGUUCACGACAUACUACCGAACACUGUCCCGGAUCCAGCUUCUCUGAACUUGGAAUCCGAUUAUGCUUGUCCCACUGGUGAAGUGGUCAUGGCUCCAGACUGCGUUCCGUGUUCCGUUGGAAGUUACUUCGAAAAGGACACGAAAAAAUGCGUACCGUGUGCCGUGGGUUCGUACCAAAGCGAAUCCGGUCAGUUACAGUGUUCAGUGUGCCCAGCGAUCGCAGGAAGGCAAGGUGUGACCGUGUCGACGGGUGCUAGGUCGGCAUCUCAUUGUAAAGAAAGGUGUCCGGCAGGCAAGUACUAUGACGACGAGGCUGGUCUGUGCAGGAGUUGAGGUUACGGUUUUUACCAGCCGUCGGAAGGCAGUUUCAAAUGCCUUCUGUGCGGCCUGGGCAAGACUACGCGCACCACAGAGGCAGUGUCCCGAGAGGAAUGCCGAGACGAAUGUGCCGAUGGCAUGCAUUUGGGCAUCGAAGGGGAAUGCGAACCGUGUCCUAGGGGAACUUAUCGAACUCAAGGCGUCGAACCGGCAUGUCAACAAUGUCCC